UCUAGCAGAAGGGAAUUGGUCGCAAAUUUGAAGACCAUGAUUUCCGGAAAAUCUACUAUUACGCUUGGAACUGCGAAAAAAUAAUUUUCAAUGGUCAGUGCGACUCCAAUAUUUAUGGAUCUAUGUUUGGCACACUAUUAACGCUAAAGGAUUCUGAUGUAUUCGUAUUCAAUACAAUACUGCCUAUAAAUAUUUUGUUAGUUGACACGAAUAUUAAUCAGGAAAAGAAAACUGUACAAAUGGAAGAGAUGUAUCAUUUAUGUCCAUGUACAGAUUUAAUUAUGACUAGUAUUGAAAACAUGUUUCCAGAACUGUUUAUUAUAGUGACUGCUCUUGGCUCGACAAUUCUAGACGCGUAUUUAGGACUGCAUGAAAAAGAUAUUGAGUCGAUUAAUGCAACAUUGAUAGAUAACUUCAAAAAAUUAUUGAUCUCCAUCAAUAGAAAUCAAAGUUUGCUAAAGGCAUUAGGCUUGUCAAAUCAAAAUAUAAAUUUAAUUUGCGCAAUUGCGCAAAAACAUUCGUGUAGUUGUAAGAUGAUAAGUACUAGUGGAUACGUAUUCAUUCUCCCACUACCAACUACCACGCCUGAACAUAUCGAUCAAUUAAAACAGGAUCUUAAAUCUCAUCAUUUUUUCGUUAUUAAAGAUACCUAUAUAAGUUGUGAUAGCCUUAAAAUUCAUUAAUACUUUUAUUAUUUACAAUAUAUAGAAGAAUUAUGACGAUAGAAGAAACGAUACGAAUAUGAAUAAUUAUCAUAGGAUGCUUUUAUUUAAUAUAUUUAUUAUAUUUUCUUUCUUCUUUCUUACUUUUCCUCGACAAAUUGACAACAUUAAAUAUAUGUAUAUAUAAAUUAAAGAA